AUGCAUUUCCUUCUCUUGGGAGCUACAGGCCGCACCGGCAAGCUCGUCGUCUCCGAGGCACUGUCGCAAGGUCACACGGCCGUGGCCCUGGUCCGCAACGCUGCCGCCCUCAGCUCAAAACAAGGUCUCACCGUCGUCCAAGGCUCACCCCUUGUCAAGGACGACAUUUCCAAGUGCCUCGUCGCCGCCCCUGGGGGGGCUCGCGUCGACGCGGCCAUCAUCACCCUCAACACGGUCAGAGCGUCCGACAGCCCUUUCGCCGCUCCCCUCUCGCCCCCGCGCCUGCUGGCAGACUCGUGCGCCAACGCCUGCGCCGUCCUCCAGGAGGCCGGCAUUUCUCGCAUCGUCAUCAUGUCCACCGCCGGGGCUGGAGACUCGUGGCAGGGUCUUCCGUGGCUGAGCCGGGCGUUCAUGGGCUGGACAAACAUCAAAUAUGCCCUUGCCGACCACAACCUCGUCGAAGAGAAGGUCCGGCGUACUGGGAUGGACUGGACGUUGGUCAGGCCGGUCAAACUCGACUAUGAGGCAGAAAAGGAUUCCGGGUCCCUCGAGGAGCUCGGACAGGUCGGAAAGGGCGUCCGGGUAUCUGACACGGCGAAUACCGCGCGCGUUGCUAGGUUUCUCAUCGAGACCGCGGUUCAGGGUCGCUUCAUAAAGAGUGCCGUGGUUAUCAGAGAUGCAGCUUAA